UAGUUUCAGGGUACAAAUUGGGAAAAUAGAAGGUGGUUUGGUUUUUUUUCUGUUUGUCUUUCUUUUUAAUUAUUGAGUCUUGAAUGCUUUGGCCAAGCUCAGUAAGUAGAACACGUGAACAUAACACAUACAAAGCGCGCGCACGCGCGCGAUCACGAGCGCAAACCACUCAGGAAUUGACGAUAGAGAUUAAAUCUUCCGAAGACCUUGCCGAACAGAUUCACAACGGAGCAGCAGCAGCAAUAAUAAUCAUAUAUUAUUCGGUAGAUUUUGCUUCGUUUUUUCCUUCGGCUGCUUUGACAGGAGCGUAACGAAGAAAAGUUAAUAGAUUUUGUGAUGAUUUUUGUAUUUUGCAUCGAUUCAGGUAAAACGAACGAAGCUCCCGUCCAACCGAUAACGACAUCGAAAUAAUCCGAGCAAAAGCCGCAUUAAGCAUUGAAGCCGUCAAUCACAGCACUGAGGUAUGAAUUGUGAUUGUAUGAAAUGUGAGAUAAAAACAAAGACAACUACGAACAACGAUAUUGAUCGAGCCAACAACGACGGAUGAAUUUGAAUAUAAAUUGAGUUAAUUUGGUUGAGGAAAUUUUUUUGAAGAAAAGUGAAUUUUUGUGGUAUAAUUUUGUAGUUGUUUCUAUUCAAAAGUGACCAAAGUCAAAGCGGAAUUUUUUUUUGUAGUGAAUAUGCAUCGAUUCAAUAAAAUACUAGUGAUGGUGUUGGUGGCAUUUUACAUGUCACACGCGGCAAAUGUACCAGUUGAAUAUACAACCGACACAAUGGCCGAUGUGUAUGAUCCAACGGGCUCAGAUGAAACCUUCGAUCCACAAAAAGACUAUGCCGAUUUUAAAAGCUCCUACGAAAAAUUCUACAAAAUGCCUGGGCCACCAUUUAUGAUGCCACCAUCAUUGCAACAGAGACCAUGGCAGCCCAUCGAAGAGAUUGAGCCCGAAAUAGCUAUGGAGACAACCAAUCCCAGUGCCGACGAUGACAACGAUACCGGUGAUAUAACGACAACGAUUCCACCGCAAACCGAGCAACAGACCACAAUAAAAUUGUUUGCGGAAAAUGUAGCGAUGCGCUCGAUGAAUGGUAUCGUGAAAAGUACACAGCGAACGAAUACACUUGCAUCAUACGAACAAACGGCACCGAAUGCCGAGCUAUUGAUGAGCAAACCGGCUCUUCCGUUCGUUCCGUCGAUCAUUGACAACCAAAGUGACGAGGAUUUGGUCAAUGAAACGGGUAAUGCUGCGCAACAGGCACCACAGGUUAUUUUCGUACAAAACGAUUCGAAUAUCCACAAUGAGAGCGCGGAUUAUGUAAAUGACGAAGCUAUCGAAACGAAUUAUUCGCAACCAAUAACCUCCGUACCAUACUCAAUGGACACAACAAUUACAUCAUUACCCUCGUCGCCUGUCUACAUAUCGACACGGCCACCAAACAGUCUACAGUUCUCAACAAGCACACUAACAUCACCGGUAACACUGGCCGAUGAUGGUCCACUCGCACCAGCACCAGCACCAGCACCAUUGGCCGGCACUCAAGUGGUUAUACCAACGCAAUCCAUGGGCAAAAAGUCGAAAAAAAUCGAAGAAUUGCCACGCGUUUACAAAUACAGUGCCGAUGAAAUCGUGCGGAAAUACUUGGAUGACACAUUUCUACGAGCACCGCUAGCCACGCUCAUUAAUACUGCGCCAGAACCGUUACGAAAAGCAAAAACACUGUGGAAAUCAGCACUACGACCCAACACACCGAUCGACAUCGUUCUAGUGGCUUUUAAUUCGUCAGGUGUUGGAGUGACGUACAGUUUCAAGAAUACUCGAACCAUGAUUGCUGGAUUGGACAGUGUACAAGAGUCACGUGAAAUGAUCGAAGGUGGCAGCGGUUUUUAUGGCAUUUUACGAGCAUCGGAAUUGGUUCCGUACGAUAGCGCCAUUUUCAUCAGCACCGAUAAGAUUCCGCAAGAUAUCAGUUUGAUGAAAAAUGCUGCAACCAUUUUAUUGAAGAAACGAAUUCGGUUAUUCUUGAUUUGGUUCGGUGAUCAAGAGGUCGAUGACAACGAAACAUCGACGGGUGGUGCUUUGGGUGAAGUGGCUUUACGAUCUGGCGGUGAAAUUCUACGUGUAACCGAAGAGUCGCUCGGCAAUGGCGACAUGGGUCUAGUAACACACUUCUUACAGAAUGACAUUCAAGGUGCUCAAGUGUUGGAAAUUCCCGUAAAUGCGACCGAUACGAAUUUGCACAUAAAAAUCCAAGGAACCGUGGAUCAGGCGACAUUAAUCACACCGAUUGGCGGAUCAAUAUACAAUUUAUUGAGCAAAGAUUCCGUUGCACGAUUUUCGAUUGGUUCACGCGUCGAUUAUUCAACGGACGACAACACAUACAUUAAUUUGAAUGUAACGGACGCACCAAAAGGUAUUUACUCGUUAACUGUUAUACCGGAGGUGACUAGCAAUGGAAUACAACGAAAAUAUGGCCUGGUCGUUGAUUCGGAAUUUGAUCGACGAUUGAUCAAGAACGGUGCAAUCGAUUCAGUUGGUAGCCCAAUCAAUGCUCCAGUCGACAAACUGACGUCGAGCAAAGAGUUAAUGCUACGGAAUCGUAGAAGCGAACAACUGUCGGAAGCACACGAUGACGAUGUUGUUUGGCCCGAAUACCAAACCGAUAAUCAAUUUGACGAACAACAAUUCGAAACUAAUGGCACUGACUUUAUUCAGGAGCGCAGUGGAAGAAAUAUACUUCAAUCGAUCACUAAAAUCGAUUUGGGCGCACAAUCACAAUUGCUUGCAAAUCCUGGCCAAACCGUUCAAAUCCACUAUGAAGUCACCAAUUUGCGGAAUGUGCCAACGUUUCACAACUUUCAAGUGGUCGACGAACAACGAUUUUUGCGCUCGCUCAAUCCAGGAUCGAUGUGGGUGCAACCGGGCCAGUCGAACAAUGCAAUUGUAACGUGUUACAUUCCGCCAAAUAUUGAGAUUGGUACCAAGGAUAAGAUCACAUUCACAUCACAAGGGGCCAAUAUGGCAAGCCAAUCGGCUACUCUAACGGUGACAUCGCCACAGGCACACACAUUGGAUCGUUAUGCGCCAUACAUCUACUGGCGCUAUGGAAGCCGUUGUUAUGGUCGCACCGAUGCCGGUCGAUGUGCCGAUUCCACUUGGUCAUUGGAUAUAACGACGAUUGAUCACGACACCGGGUUUUUGCGGCUUCAAUCGAUUCCAAAGGGCAUAUGGAUUCGCGAUCGUUAUACUGCCGGCACAACGCAAGAAGUAAAGGCUACGUAUACGGCAUCGUGUUGUACUCCACGUGUUUCGAUAACAAGUUAUGAUUUAACCGGCAAUCAAAAGACAAUCACCCUGGAUGUGACCGAAUUUUAUUUAGAACCAAUGGAAAUUGUCGCAAUUGUACUUGGCACACUUUUAUUGCUCGUAAUUAUCAUUGCGAUAAUCUGGGCAAUUGUUUAUUGCUGCAAAAAGCAUCGAACAACUCGUGAGUUGCCGGUAUACCGAAGUCGUGCCGAAAGAGAUCGUGCUACGUAAACCAUUGUUUUCGCAUCCAUCAUUCUGUGCAUUUCUCCUCUCUUUUUUGGUAAAAACAAAAACAAGAUCCGCUCAUAUUGAUCUAGCUCCUGCUAAAAGUGAUCACUUUUCUUAACUUAAACUAAGAUUUUCUUUCUCUCUCUAAGCCUUUAAAUGCCAUACGCGAAACGAAUGGAUUCAUUUUUGUAAGAGUAGCAAAUUUAGAUAAGCACAAUGAAAACAGGGCACAUAAAAUAAAUACAUAUUUUGUAACUUUGAGGAAACGUA